CUUAAAUGAGACCUCCUGGACACUUGACAUUCAGAGGGUCUCCUAUGAGCACCACGCCAAUUAUUCAUGUCAGGCUGGAAACCUGGCGUCUCCAGAAUUUCUUAUGAAUGUGGAGUACUCCCCGAAAAAUGUCGUCAUCACAGGUCAGCCCACCACUGGUAUAGAAGAAGGGACAUCGGUGACUUUAAAAUGCACAGCCUGGGCAAACCCACCCAGCAACUACACCUGGAUGAAGGCGAACACGAGCCAAGUAGAUACAGGGGAUCAGCUACACAUCAGAGAGUUUAACGAGAGUCACGCCGGGUCUUAUUACUGCAAAGCCACCAACAUCCUUGGAACAGCAAAGUCUGCAGUCGUCACCCUGAACGUGCAAGGGUUCCUCUCUAGCGAUAGCGCCAUCUAG